GCCGAUGUCGCGGCAUCUUUCUGAUAACUCCUCUCCUCUAACGGCUAGAAGCUGGCAUUUAUAUAUUAUGUUAGCUCGAUAAAAACGAGCAAUGUCUGACUGAAAUGAACACUGGCAGCUCUAGACAAUGUCGUAAGUUAAACUCGACGUGUAGUUUAGUCCGGAUGCGUCUAAGCGAAGAAGGAAGUGAGCGCGGGUUUGUCUCUCGCUUCCGCGUCGUCUUCUUCUCCGAUGAACCCAUAGCAUCAGUGUCGUGAACAUCAGAGGUCCCUUUUGUGGCGUAAGAUUAGACGGUAUAAUGUCGUUCACACAGAGAUCAAGGGUGACAGAUGUAAAGAGACACAAGUGAAGGAUCCACCAUGGGAAACACACCAUCCAAGAGUGGCAGCGGAGAGGAACCGGUCAAAACAACUUUGUUUGAAAAGGAGCCAAGUGGAAUAACAUACAGGAUUCCUGCUCUCCUUUAUCUGAGGCACAGUCACACCUUCCUUGCCUUCGCAGAGAAAAGAUCCUCACCCUGUGACAGCGAUGCCAAAAUUCUUGUUAUGAGAAGUGGAACGCUGAAAGAUGAUGGAUCUGUUGAGUGGUCAUCCAGUCAGGAGCUGUCAACAGCAUGUCUACCCAACCACCGCACCAUGAAUCCAUGCCCCGUGUAUGAAAAAAACAGCAAAACACUAUUUUUGUUUUUCAUCUGUGUCUGGGGAAACACCACAGAGUUCAGGCAGAUCAUCACAGGUAAGAACAAGGCGCGUCUUUGCUGUGUUAGCAGCAGUGACGAUGGGCAAACCUGGAGCCAAGCGAAAGACUUAACAGAAAGUGUGAUUGGGGAAACUGUCCAUAAGUGGGCCACAUUCGCCGUGGGGCCGGGCCACGGUGUUCAGCUGGAGAACGGCAGAUUGAUCAUCCCAGCGUACGCCUAUUAUGUCCCUUACAGAUGUGGUUCCUUCCCCAUCCCUUUUACGGUCUACCCACGUUCUCUGUCAAUAUAUAGCGCAGACUUUGGCCAGACGUGGCAUAUAGGUAAGAUGCUCCGAAGAAAAUCCUGUGAAUGUGAAAUGGCAGAGAUUAUAGACCACGAGGGCAGGAGUCAUCUCUAUUGCAAUGCUCGUAACACUGGAGGCCACAGGUGUGAGGCCCUGAGUGAAAACAGCGGUGUGUUUUUUGACAAACCCCACAUUGCUCCAGAGCUCGUCGAACCACCUUCAGGCUGUCAAGGCAGCGUCAUCGGCUUUCCCGCUCCUGAAUUUGUCCCCAAUGAUGAUGCUGAAAGCAAAGCUUGUGGCACGUCGCUCCUGUCUCCAGACACACAAACCUGGCUCCUCUUCAUCCACCCAACUCACAAGUCUAGCAGAAGGGACAUGGGCGUGUAUUUGAACCGAUCCCCUCUGCACUCAUCAGGCUGGGACAAGCCCCGGAUCAUCCACAACGGGCCCAGCGGCUACUCAGACCUGGCUUACAACGAAGACAAGGAUCAGUUUUCAUGCCUGAUGGAGUGCGGGAAAGAAAGUGAACUUGAGCAGAUAGCGUUCAUGUCGUUUACCCUUAAUGAUGUCAUGCAGACGGGCAGUAAGAAAGACAAGAAGAUGCGCUGAAUUGCAGUUGCUUUAUUUAUGUAUCAACAAAAGCUCUUUAACAUUUUCCUGAAACCUAAAAAUCCAAGAAAAAGCCACUAAAUAUGCUGUGCAGUAACAUCUGUCUGUGUUUACUGUUCUACAGUCUGGAGAUGAUAAUGCAUGCAUGAGUCGUGUGUUUUGUUGUCUCCUUGUUUACAUGAAAAAGUAAUUGAAGUCUUAAUAGUAUUAAUAUGCAAGCAGCUGUGUAAGGAAGGACAUUAUUUUUAAUAGGUUGGGUGGCUGAUUUCAAGCAUGCUGUGCAAGACUGUCAUCUUUAAAACAGGCUUUGUGUGUAGCAUGUUUGACGAAUACUUCAUGCCCAUUUCUGCAUCUUAUUAAGCUGUCAGCAUAUUCUGAGCAGUGGAGAGAAUUUGCCUACCUCUUUUUACUUUCAUAUGAAGAUCAUAGCAGGCCUUGUGAAGUAGAGCGUAGAGUUUCCCCAAUGCUCUGCUGCUACUUUACAUUUAGUAUACUCUGAUUUACGUAUAUGCCUUUUUCUCCACUGUUUAAGCAGCCUGUCAGUAGGAACUCUUAUCUGUGGGUCAGAGUGGGCGUCACAGGGUUAGCAACAAAACUGAACCGAGAAGAAAAACAUUUACUUUUUAUUCCAGCUAAUCAAUGAAGAGACCGAUCAAAGUGUAAAGAGGCGGAAUCAUAGAGAGAUACUUCUAGCAAAAGCGUUUAGGCUACUUUAUACUGCAUUUUUUAUUAUGUUUAUUUUAAAAAGCAAUAUUUUACUUUGUUAUAUUCUUUUUUACAUUCAUUUCCCUGCACAUUAAGGAUACUUUCCCCCCUGGCAUCAUUCAUUUAGUGCAGUAUCAUCAGCAGGUAUGAUUGGCCUGCUGCUGGUUAUAAAGCGAAAGCAUGUGAGAGCAUGUGACAGCAGAAGAUUCACUAUUUAGGAUCACUAGGAAUUUGCACACACAAAAUCUUGUACCGAGCGACUUUGACAUCCGUCUUUGCCUAAUGUUGUGAGGCAAAAAGCCUCCAGGUGGUUCUUUAAUAGUUUCAUUGUGUUUUUGUUGACUGUUGUGGAAAGUGACAAAACCUGCAUGAAACAUGUAUUUUAGUAGAAAAUAAAGUAACCUGUGAU